AUGAACUCCCCGUUUCCAAAGUCUUCAUCGGUUGCUGGCGAGGGCGAGAUUGUGGCCCAGCUGCUGCCGAAUGGCCUCUCGGGUCUCAAGGCUAUGUCGUACCAGUAUCCUUUGAAACUCAUCUCGCCCACCCCGGCAGCCGACCAGAAGAGCGUUCUAGUCUUCCUGUUAUCGUACGGGGGCGGGCUCGUCGGAGGCGACAGCGUCAACCUGUCAAUCCGCGCUCUCUCGGGAUCGAAGCUCAGCGUUGUCACGCAAGGUCACACGAAGAUAUUUAAGUCUGCUUCUCCCGACAUAGUCACGCGCCAGACCCUCGAGGUCCACAUCGAAGACAAUGCCGGAAUUUGUCAGUUGCCCGAUCCGGUACAGCCCUUUGAUGGGAGCGUCUAUGAGCAGAUGCAAAUAUUCACAGCUGCCCCCAGCGCAUCUCUGUGCCUACUGGACUGGGUGACGCAGGGCAGAACGGCACGCGGCGAAGACUGGAGCUUCAUCAAGUGGACAGGCCGCAACGAAGUCUGGUCAUCAGGAGAAAGGCCGCAAGGUAAGAACCGUCUGCUUGUGCGAGACACGGUCACUCUAGACAGAAACAGCCAAGGCUUGGUCGGCAGGUCAUUGCGAGACUCCAUGCAUGGAAACGGGCUAUUUGGUACAUUGAUCCUUCGAGGGCCGCAGAUGCACGCCCUAGGCAACUUUUUCCUUGAUGAGUUCGGGGUCUUGCCGCGGCUCGGCGCGAGGGAUUUCAGAUCAGCAGAGGCCAAGGCUACGGAGGAGAACAACUCAACGGAGGAUGAGUUAUGGCGGGCGAAGCGCAUAGAGAUGGAGGCUAAGGACGGCAUCUUGUGGUCAGCGGCGAGAGUCAGGGGAUGCGUCAUUGUGAAAUUCGGAGCGAGCACUGUUGAAGCUGGGCGGUUAUGGAUUGGCAACAUGCUGAGUCGAGAGGGCAGCGUAGCAGCACUUUACGGGGAGCAGUCGUUGAUGUGUCUCAGAUGA